UUUGGGCCGAAAAAGAUAGGCCGGAGUCCUGAAACUAAAACAGAGUCCACAUAACCGUAACACCAAGGAAGAAUAUGAGCUUGAUGGCCCUGAUUAUUGACCUGCUUUAGGCCCUGUCUGAGAAAGACUUUUCUCUUUCACCAUAUUGAUUGAACACGAUCGAUCCCAACUCCGAAGACUUCGAUAUAAUUUUCAGCAGUUUACAUUUUUCUACUGCGUACACCCUCCUUUCUUUGGCUUCUAGAGAAACAAGCUCAUUAGUCCUAGUCUCAUAGCUCUUGCUAUUAUUUGAGUUACAUAUAAACAAACGAAGAAAGGCUACAAGAGAAAGAGAGAGAGGGAGAGAGGAGGAGGAAUGGGAGAAGGAAGAGAAGGAGACUGGGAGUGCAGCGGAUGCAAGAACAGGAACUACGCUUUUAGAUCUUUCUGUAACAGAUGUAAACAGCCUCGUCUUCUGGUUGACAUCAAAACUCCAGCUGACUCUAAGUGGCUUCCUCGUAUUGGUGAUUGGAUCUGCACUGGUUGCACUAACAACAAUUAUGCAUCAAGAGAAAAGUGCAAAAAGUGCGGGCAACCAAAGGAGAUAGCAGCAAUGCCAGCAAUUGCAAUGCCUGGAGCUUCUCUCCCAACUUAUUCACAUUAUUUUGCCAGGGCCCCAGGAGCACUGGAACAAAAGAUGAAUGUUGGAUUUGUAGGCAGCGGUGCUCCCCAACAGUCACUUCCUUUGAGUUCCAACUGGUCUGUACACGGGGCUGAUGAUUAUGGACUUCAAUCAGCUUCUACUUGGCCUGCAGCUGGAAACCAAACUUCUGGGGUUCCAUAUUUGAAUCCUGGUAAUCAGCCUCUUUCUGUUCCCAAAGGAUGGCGAAAUGGUGACUGGAUUUGCAACUGUGGCUUCCAUAAUUACUCUUCACGUUCACAGUGCAAAAAUUGCAAUGCAUCUAUACCACCAGCUCUUGGAACCAAGCGAUUAGCAUCUGAAGAAUUUGUUCAUGACUGGGAUAACAAAAGAUUGAAUUCAGGACAUGGUAAUGGUCAGCCACAGUUGUACCCUGGAUUUGACCAAAUGGUAGGAGCCACCAAUGACCCAAAACCUGGAGCAUAUCCUCCCUAUCUCAGUCUAAACGCUGGUGCGCCUUCAAAUUGGCAGGCACCCUUUCUAUUUUCUCAUCAAGCUGCAACACCAACCCUUCUUGGAAAAGGAGCAAAGCAAUGGCGUAGUGGAGAUUGGAUGUGCACAAAAUGCAACAAUCACAAUUAUGCAUCUCGAGCUCAAUGCAAUAGGUGUAAGACUCAGAAGGAUACCUUGACUCAGCCCGUAAAUGCUGCAUAGUCAUAAUUUAAUGCAGGUUUUGAUUCAUAAAGAUUUUUCUAGUACAUUGGUCGGGUUCUUUUUUUUUUUUUUUUCCCGUGUACAACAAAAACUAAAAGCUCGCUAUAGGUUUGGUUUUAUUAUUUAUGAUAGUUUCCUUUACACAAUGGUGGAGAGGUUUAUAUAACUUUUGUUUAAUAGUAAAUUUUGUAAUUUGACUGGCAUUUCUUGUAUAAAAGGGUGAAAGCCUUGUGUUGUUUACACUUCAAACAGGUUGGACAGAGCU